AUGGAGGGAAGCCCCUCAGGCGGCAGACCAAGGCCGAAGGGCCCCCCCUCUCUAGCACCGGAGUCUUUUUCGAAGAGGCGUCGCACCUCGCAAGACACCCCUGAGAGCCGCUUCGCGGCGGGACCUGCUGUGCAUGCAGUGUCUGAAGGAGGUGCCCCUCCACCUUGUGCAGAUGGACCUUCAGAGGGAGGAGACAAAGAGUCUGCCCCUCGUGUCUCGUUCCCCCAGGUGCUGCACGACCGCCUCUCGUGCGGUGCCUAUCUGCUGCCACUCUUGCAACACACACUGCGGCAGCGACUUCGGUCUGCUCUCAGGGGGCAGCUGCACAACAUAUCGCUAGGGAGCUCCCAGGCAACCCCCCGAAAGCGUGACGGCUUCGAACCGUCGCCAGCAGUCGAGUCUUUUCUGAAGGGAGGGAGUUCCGCGGCUGCGACCAUCAGGGCGCAAAACGACGGCAAAAACAGCGGCAGCAAAGGCGCAUCCUUCGAGGCAGUCGCGGGUUCCCUAGCGGCAAAACUGACUUGCUGCCUCGAGCUGAAGGAGAAGAGCAGCGUCUUGGUUUUGGGGCCUCGUGGGUCAGGCGCUACCACAGCUGUCGAAUCGGCCCUUCGGUUUGUGCAGCAGCAGCGAAAUCAGCAGCAGCAGUUGCUUGUGGUGGUGCGUGUGAACUGCUCCUUGUAUCCGAACGACGCGGCCAUUCUCCAGGCGAUAGUGCGUCGUCUGUGCGCUGCGCUGCAGCAGCACCAGCCGCAGCUGCAUGCGCAGCAGCAUGGGGGCAGCUUCGGAGACUGGCUGAAGCGGUUGCGAGACUUGCUGGUGGACAGCUGCUCGUUGAUGGGGAAGGCCGUAGUGAUCGUCUUGGAUCGCGUCGAGGUGUGCUGUCUCUCCGGGUCGGAGUGGGGGAGGGGAGGCACUGGGCAGCAGCAGCAGCUGCUGUAUAAUCUCUUCGACUUGCAGCACAGCGAAGGCCUUCACAUCUGCACCAUUUGUCUCUCACCCGUCUUGGACCUUGCAGACUUCAUGGAGAAGCGCAUCCGCAGCAGGUUCACGAUGCAGAAGCUCUGCCUGAAGGCAGCCAUGCGCGUGCCCGAUCUCCUUCAGUUCAUCCGACGCGACCUCCUGAGGGUGACACCAGAGCAGCUCCUCGAAGCGCACAGCGCGUCUGCGCGCUCCCAAGGAAGCAGCGUGCAGCCGAGGGGAGAGGCCCCAGAGGAGGACGCACGCGUGGUGCAGCGCUUUCUGAGGGCUUUCGAAGCAGCGGUAGAGGCUGAGCUCAGCGAUCCUCAGUUCAAGGCUCGAUGUGAAAGGGCCUUGGCUGUGGGGAGAGACGCCCGUAGGUUUUUGGCUGCCGCAGUGACUCCGCUGCUUCUGUUUGAAACGCCGCUGCCUCGUGUGGCUGCCGAAGGGCCCUGGGGUGCAUGGGGGGCCCCCGAAGUUCCCGAGGCCCUCUCCCCCCUGCAUUCCCCUCUGCGGCAUCAUGUCGAGGAGGCCCCCCCCAACGCCAGCAGCCUUCCUAAGGGCCCCGUCGCUUCCGACGUAGAGGAGCAGCCGAAGCAACAGGAGAACGGACUCAACUUGUGCGCCGAGGCUCUCGAUACACAGCGCGUAAGCAGGCAGCAGCACGACCACUUAGUUCUGACUGCCAUGGCGCGACUCCACCGAAAGGCCCUCAUCCCCAAGACCUUCCUCGCAGUUCUUCACGAAGCCCUGCGGAGAGCUUUCAUCCGUUUGCACGAGUGUGGCUUGCUGCAAAGGUGUUCCUACGGCUUGCACCAUCUUGGACUAUCCGGGGUUGCCCUCGACCUGCAUGGCUCCCACCUCCCUUCAAGAUUCCCCAGGAGGAUAAACGAUCUCAGCCUCGACCCCAGGAGCUCUCACUACCCCGCUGCAACAGCAGCAAAGCCUGAGAACAGUUCACGUAUAAGUAUCCCUAGUCGAGUGCAUGCAGACACGUGGGCCUUUAGUGCAUCACCCGCACGCGCGUCUCCGCGAAGCGGUACAUUUGUGCGCUUACGUGUCUCGGCCCUGGCGAGAGAUGCAGUUGGCCGUAUAGCGCUGUAUCCGGAAUCUCGAACUAGACGAAACAAGCAAGCCCCACCAAGUGCACUCGAGUGCGGAGGCCUUUGGUGGAGAGGCCUUUGA